AAAGAGUGCUUUCUCAAAUAUCCCUCAAAGUCUAUAUACCAUUAAAUAACCUGCGGUACCUGACAGUUCGAUUAUCGCUCCUUAUUGCGUAGCAACCACUCGGUAAGCCUGACUCUUUCAGAAAACAAGCGUUCACCUGAGACGUUGAAGGAUUACAGCUUCAUAGAUUAUCUGUAUCACCAGCCGGUUUAGGUGUUUUUUGUUUGUAAUCAUAAAUAAUCAACGCGGCCAAGCGGAUUACCCAAAUAUUUACAAAAUGAAGGAAAUCAACAAUAUGGAGGAUUUCAAUCAAAUCUUGCGGGAGGCAGGCAACAAGCUGGUGGUAGUGGACUUCAAUGCCACCUGGUGUGGCCCAUGCAAGGCCAUUCGACCUGUAUUUAAGCAAAUGGAAAGUACUGAGGAGUUUAAGAAUGUGGUAUUUUGUGAGGUGGACGUUGACGAGGCUCCGGAGGUGGCGGAGGAUUGCGAUGUACAGAUGAUGCCAGCCUUUAUGUUCUUCAAAAAUGGUGAAAAGAUAAAAGAAGUACUUGGAGCCAAUAAAGACAAGCUCAAGGCCUCCAUUAUAGAAAUUAUGUAGAUAGUCGUGUACAAUUUUGUAUGUGUCUCUGGUAGAACCCUAUACUCUUACUUAUAUAAGAUUCUCUUCUAGAUAGAAUGUAGAUUAUCUAAAAAGCGGAAUGUACUAGUGUCACCUGUAUUUUUUUUAAGAUAUCCGUAACCCACAUGUAUUUGACGACAUGUCCGUACCCCACGUGUAUUUGACGACAUGUCCGUACCCCACGUGUAUUUGACGACAUGUCCGUACCCCACGUGUAUUUGACGACAUGUCCGUACUCCACGUGUAUUUGACGACAUGUCAGUUCCCCACGUGUAUUUGACAAUAUGUCCGUACACCACGUGUAUUUAACGACAUGUCCGUACCCCACGUGUAUUUGACAACAUAUCCGUACCCCACGAGUAUUUGACAACAUAUCCGUACCCCACGUGUUUCUAACAACAUGUCCGUACCCCACGUGUUUCUAACAACAUGUCCGUACCCCACGUGUUUCUAACAACAUGUCCGUUUCCCUCGUGUAUUUAAUAACAUGUCCAUACCGCACGUGUAUGUGAUUGUGUGAUUUCGGCUAUGGUUAAAAUUUUGUCACUUUUGUAUUGAAAAGUGUAGCGUUUUGAUAGCCUUUACCGGUCUGACGAGAUUUACCUCUGGCCUUAUUCGUUUGGAAUGAAAUAUUAUCACAGCAACAAGAGAUGACAGUUAAUAUUUGUACACGAAACGUUUAUCAUUUUGUGAUUAAGUGUCACGUGGUCGUUUUCAGCCGUUAGGUACAGUACACAUUUACAUACAGCAAAUGAAGUCAAAAAUGUUGCAGCGCGAUACAUAAAUGGAAGUCAAAUGUGAACCACAUAAGUGUGUACUAUAUAGCCAAAUCUGUACAUUAAUGUGUACUAUGUACCCAAAUCUAAAGUGUACAUAAGUGAGACCAUUAUGUCUGUAUUGACCCGUAUUGGAUUAUGUUCGUAUUGUACAUGUAUUAAUGUACAGUGUAACUAUGGGAUUGUUGUCGUAUUGUACAUGUAUUAAUGUACAGUGUAACUAUGGGAUUGUUGUCGUAUUGUACA